UGGCCCCCGGGGAAGGUGGGGACGACGGUGACAGCGGCAACGACAGCAAGAGUGGCGGCGAGGAGACCAGCGUGUGUGACAAGUGCUGUGCCGAGUUCUUCAAGUGGACGGACUUCCUGCGGCACAAGAAGAGCUGCACGAAAAACCCGCUGGUGCUGAUCGUCAACGAAGAUGAGCCGGCACCGGCCGCGGAAGAGUUUCCAGAACCUUCUCCAGCCAGCUCUCCCAGUGAGCAGACGGAGAGCGAGGCUGCUGAGGAGGCGGCCCCCCCAGAGAGCGGGGAGGGCAGCGAGGUGAGGCCCCCCGAGAAGGAGGAGGAGCCCAUGGACGUGGAGUCCACCGUGGGCGACAAGAGCUUCCAGAGCCCAGGCCCCUCGCUCCCCGGGAAGCCGCCUCUACCUCAGGCCCCCGAGCCGGCGCCCGUGCCCACGUACAGCAUGCCAAGCACCAAUGUGACACUGGAGACCCUGCUGAGCACUAAGGUGGCUGUGGCUCAGUUCUCCCAGAAUGCAAGAGCUGCAGGUGCGGUUGGCUCCAGCAGCGGGGUGACGGCGGUGGCAGUCCCCAUGAUCCUGGAGCAGCUGAUGGCCUUGCAGCAGCAACAGAUCCACCAGCUGCAGCUCAUCGAGCAGAUCCGCAGCCAGGUGGCCAUGAUGAGCCGCCAGCCCCUGAGGCCGUCGCUGAACCCCGGGGCCACAGCGGGGGCCCAGGGCGCCCCUGUUCCCGCCUCCAGCCAGCUCCCAGGGCUGGCCACACACUCCGCCCUGCAGCUGCCCACCGGGGCUGCCCAUGUCCUCACGGCACCAGGCCCUGCUGCCCAGUCCACAGCCUAUGAGGGCGCCCAGCCACUGUCACAGCCAGCAUCUGGGGCGAGCACCCCCCACAUCCCCAGCGGGGGCCCCUCGGUCCCUGAGUCCAGCGGGCCGGCAUCCUCCAGCGUGGCCUCUGCCUGCGCUGCCCCAGCCUCGGUGGCCAGUGCCUCCAGCAGCACCUCGCAGCCACAGAAAGCUCCCACGCCGCCCACCCUGGGGCCCAGCACAUUGCUCAGCUCGGCGCCCAGCCUGCCAAACCCUCUUCUACCUCAGACCUCCGCCAGCAGCGUCAUCUUCCCCAACCCGCUGGUCAGCAUCGCGGCCACGGCCAACGCGCUGGACCCCCUGUCGGCCCUCAUGAAGCAUCGCAAGGGCAAGCCCCCCAACGUGUCGGUGUUCGAGCCCAAGGCCAGCGCCGAGGACCCGUUCUUCAAGCACAAGUGCAGGUUCUGUGCCAAGGUGUUCGGGAGUGACAGCGCCCUGCAGAUCCACCUGCGCUCCCACACGGGCGAGCGGCCCUUCAAGUGCAACAUCUGCGGCAACCGCUUCUCCACCAAGGGCAACCUGAAGGUGCACUUCCAGAGGCACAAGGAGAAGUACCCCCACAUCCAGAUGAACCCCUACCCCGUGCCCGAGUACCUGGACAAUGUGCCCACCUGCUCCGGGAUUCCCUAUGGCAUGUCACUGCCCCCAGAAAAGCCAGUCACCACCUGGCUAGACAGUAAGCCCGUGCUGCCUACGGUGCCCACGUCGGUGGGGCUGCAGCUGCCGCCCACCAUCCCGGGUGUUGGCAGCUACGCCGACUCCCCCAGCCUCACCCCUGCAAGCCGCUCCCCACAGCGGCCCUCGCCUGCGUCCAGCGAAUGCCCCUCUCUGUCCCCCGGCCUCAAUACCUCUGAGUCGGGUGCCCCAGUGACUGCCGAGUCCCCACAGCCUACGUCGGAGACGUCCAAGUUGCAGCAGCUGGUGGAGAACAUCGACAAGAAGAUGACCGACCCCAACCAGUGUGUCAUCUGCCAUCGGGUGCUGAGCUGCCAGAGCGCCCUCAAGAUGCACUACCGCACGCACACCGGGGAGCGGCCCUUCAAGUGCAAGAUCUGCGGGCGCGCCUUCACCACCAAGGGCAACCUGAAGACACACUUCGGGGUGCACCGGGCGAAGCCGCCGCUGCGCGUGCAGCACUCCUGCCCCAUCUGCCAGAAGAAGUUCACCAACGCCGUGGUCCUGCAGCAGCACAUCCGCAUGCACAUGGGCGGGCAGAUCCCCAACACGCCGCUGCCCGAGGGCCUGCAGGACGCCAUGGACGCCGAGCUUCCCUACGACGACAAGGCUGCCGAGGUCCUGAGCAGCUUCGAGGACGACGUGGAUGAGAACUCCAUGGAGGAGGAUGUGGAGCUGAAGGACGCAGCCAGCGACCCGUCCAAGCCGCUGCUGCCCUACUCGGGCUCCUGCCCGCCCUCGCCCCCGUCUGUCAUCUCCAGCAUUGCCGCGCUGGAGAACCAGAUGAAGAUGAUGGACUCUGUCAUGAGCUGCCCGCAGCUGACUGCCUUGAAGGCCAUGGAGAACGGGUCCGGGGACAGCGACCGCCUCAGCAAUGACUCCUCGUCCGCAGUGGGUGACUUGGAGAGCCGCAGUGCGGGCAGCCCGGCCCUGUCCGAAUCGUCGUCCUCCAUGCAGGCCCUGUCCCCCGUCCACAGCCACAGCGAGAGCCUGCCCUCCAAGUCCCCAGGCCUCAGCAACCAUGAGGAGCCACAGGACAUUCCGCUAAAGACGGAAAGGCCGGACAGUCCACCCCCUGCCCCCGAAAACGGAGGCGCGCUGGACCUGACGUCCGCCCCCCCUGGCCGGCUGGCCAUCAAGGAGGAGGCCCCCUUUAGCCUACUGUUCCUGAGCAGAGAUCGGGGUCCCAGCCAAAGCGCGCCUAGCCUGGUCACCGGCUCCGCGCCUGCCAUGAUCAAAAUGGAGGUGAAUGGGCACAGCAAAGCCAUCACGCUGGGUGAGGGCCCGCCACUGCCGGCCGCCGUCCAGGUGCCCACCGGGCCGCAGGCGGUGAUGGGCCCCGGCCUUGCGCCCAUGCUGGCCCCCCCGCCACGCCGGACACCCAAGCAGCACAACUGCCAGUCGUGUGGGAAGACCUUCUCCUCCGCCAGCGCCCUGCAGAUCCACGAGCGCACCCACACCGGGGAGAAGCCGUUCGGCUGCACCAUCUGCGGGAGAGCCUUCACCACCAAGGGCAACCUCAAGGUGCACAUGGGCACACACAUGUGGAACAACGCCCCUGCGAGGCGGGGCCGCCGCCUGUCGGUGGAAAACCCCAUGGCUCUGCUGGGGGGCGAUGCCCUGAAGUUCUCGGAAAUGUUUCAGAAGGACCUGGCAGCGCGUGCCAUGAACGUGGACCCCAGUUUCUGGAAUCAGUAUGCGGCGGCCAUCACCAACGGUCUGGCCAUGAAGAACAAUGAGAUUUCCGUCAUCCAGAAUGGGGGCAUCCCCCAGCUCCCGGUGAGUCUGGGUGGGAGCGCCAUGCCCCCUGUGGGCUCCCUGGCUGCCGGCAUGGACAAGGCUCGCACGGGCAGCAGCCCACCCAUGGUGGGCCUGGACAAAGCCAGCUCCGACACGGGGGCCAGCCGGCCGUUCACGAGGUUCAUCGAGGACAACAAGGAGAUCGGGAUUAACUAGCCUGCGCCAGGCAGCUCACCUGCCGUUCUGUCCCUCCUACACACUGUGAUGUGUGACCGUCAGGUACACACCUGCCGUACCGGGUUCUCCUUAAAAUUGUCCCCAUGGCAGAAAAUUCGUUAGCUGUGUGGCUGCUGGAAGGUCGUCUCGUAAGCGCUGCAUGGUCCUUUCUCAGUGAGCUUGACUGUUCUUGAGAAUUCUUCAACCUUUUAAAUAAAAAUAAAUCAGAAGUCCCUGGAAAACCGCCUUGGGAACAGAAAGGGCUCCGAGCACAUCCGCUUCGUUUCUCCUGAAACCUAAUAAUCCCGGGAGGGAACCGGGGGGUCCCCUGCGGUAUUCCAGCGACACUCAUUCAGCAUAGACAUUGAACUCCGUUUUUAGAACUCUUAUCCUAAAGACGUGGUCCCGUCCUCCCAACAUCGUGUCUUAUGACUGUACCUUUGUCUGUAGUAUUUAUAAUGUUACGAUUAUGCGGGUAACAGACAUGCAGCCCCAACUUGAAAGGUAGCUUUCGUACUGCAGAAUACAUCUGGCAGUGUGAUUUUUUUUUUUUUUUUGAAAGCAAGAUUUGUUUUACUAUAAAUAAGUGGGUUAUUUCAAUGCAGGCAACAUUGUGAAGUUCCACUGGGAAAGAUAGCAUGCUUUUUUGUGUGCAAGUACCUGUCAGUAACAAGCCUUUUUUAUUUUUAUUUAAAUGUUUGUAGCUGCUAUGUGGACAGUUGUUCUCUAGUGUGGUCUGUGGCCCAGCGACUGGGAACCAGUUACAGACGA